AUGGAGAGAGGAGGAGACAAGGAGAGAGGAGGAGACAAGGAGAGAGGAGAGGAGACAAGGAGAGAGGAGAGGAGAGCAGACAAGGAGAGAGGAGAGGAGACAAGGAGAGGGGAGAGGAGACAAGGAGAGAGGAGAGGAGACAAGGAGAGAGGAGAGGAGACAAGGAGAGAGGAGAGGAGACAAGGAGAGAGGAGAGGAGACAAGGAGAAAGGAGAGUGUUUGUCGCACAGGCACAAACCACACCUCUACGGAAUCGGCUCGGCCAGCUGA